AUGGCUUCCGUCCCGAGUGUGCAAUGCUUCGGCAAGAAGAAGACGGCUACCGCUGUCGCCCACUGCAAGCAAGGCAAGGGUCUUGUCAAGGUUAAUGGCCAGCCCCUCUCUCUGGUCCAGCCUGAGAUCCUCCGCUUCAAGGUCUACGAGCCCCUCCUGAUUGUUGGUGCCGACAAGUUCGCCGGUGUCGACAUCCGUGUCCGCGUCUCCGGUGGUGGUCACACCUCGCAGGUCUACGCCAUCCGCCAGGCCAUCGCCAAGUCCAUCGUCGCCUACUACCAGAAGUACGUCGACGAGCACUCCAAGAACCAGCUCAAGCAGGCUCUUGGCCAGUACGACCGCACACUGCUCGUUGCCGACAACCGCCGCGCCGAGCCCAAGAAGUUCGGUGGUCGCGGUGCCCGCGCAAGGUACCAGAAGUCCUACCGUUAA